UCCUCUCUCUCCCUCCAACAGUCUGCGGCUGGCUCUCGACCAGCGCUGACGCACCCACCAUUCUCUUCUUCCUCCACCCAACACAACAACUCCCUAACACAGACGAAACAACAACAUUUCCGUCCAUGUAAUUUCAUCCAUCGAAAAUAAUCCAUCACUAUUUUUUCCCUUUUAUUUUCGUCAAAAGGCCGUCCGAUUCGAACAUUUUUCUUUUAUUGCGUGUGUGUGAGUGUGUGCCGCCGUGUGUGUUUCUUCCGCCCAUCCGAAAAGAGUCGAGUGUCUCAUUUGCCUAUACGCAAAUUGACGACAGGUGCGCGCGGGCCCCGUCCAGUGUUGUCCAGUGAAAACGAGUCUCAUCGCGGGCCAGCGGAAAAAGAAAAAGAAAAACGAAUCCGGUUGAUGGAUGGGCUUUUCUUGACUUGGACGAGGAGGUAAAAAGGGAAAAGAAAUCCAAAAAAAAGGGACACGACGAAACUUCGAUCCUUGUAAGGUCACAAAAGGGAAAGCGUCCGGUGAUUGCCAAAAAAGAGGUUUGAAACACGUCGCCGGCUGAUUGAAAGUUACGUCUACAAAGUGAAGUGAAAGUUAACUCAAAAUAAUCGAUCGAAACAAGAAAGAACUGUCCGUUAUUUUUUUGAGUUGUCGGUGGUAAAGUUGGUGCGUGUGUAUACAAGUGCGAGAGAGUCAAAGUGUCGAAUUGGGCCGGUCAUGCCGCACAGAAAUGCCGGCGGCCAGGAUCGUCAGUGCUUCAGUCCAGCGGGCCGAUUCGCUGCGCUCUGAGCGUUCGGACGCUUCGCAAGCCAAUAAACGGGUGUCGUUCAAUCGCGACGUUGACGUCAAGCACAUCAAUCAUCCGCAACAACAGCAGCAACAACAACAACAACAAGGCUACCACUCGGUACAGCCGGUGCAGCACAUCCCCAGAGUCAAAGGUCCGGCGCCAGCGCCGCCGGUCGGCAGUCACAGCCUCGUCGACCGACAUGAUCCCAACAGCAUCCCGGCUGCUGGCUCAUCGUCGGUGAACAGCGCCAACCACGCCGGCCCGCCGUUCUACAACGUCUACAAGGAGCCGACGCUGCUGAGCGAGGCGGAAUUGGCCCAGGAGGCCGAGCGAAUCAUCCAGCAAGUGGAUCAAAUCAGCUGCACCGUAGCCUCGCCCAACCCGCAUCUGCUGGCCAAUUACGAAACGCGCUCGCUCGAGCGACGCAAUCUGGCCGCCUCGAAACGCAACAACCAAAUCCAGGGCGACAACGGACUCAAUUGGUCGCGUACUCUGCCCAGCACAGCCUCCUCCACCAAGAACCAACUCGUCGUCAACGGAGGCGAGGCAUCCGCCAAAUCCGGCAAAAAGACCAAAAACGUCGAGCAGAAGAACAACAUCCUCCACCAGCAACAACAGCAGCAGCAACAACAGCAACAACAUUUCGAGAAACUCGACCCGAUCAUCGAAUCGAGUCCCAGACGGCCCCAGCAGCUGCCCAUUGGGAUGAUGACAGUGCUGGACCAACACCACCAACAACAACAGCAACAGCGCCACGGGCAUCACAACAACCGGGACAAGGCUCCGACGACUCCGCCCAAAUACGAUUCCGGCAUCGAGAUGGAAGCCGCCACCAGUCGGCCCAACGUCAAUCUGAUUGUCCAGCAGCUGACGGAAGAGUCGAGGCAGAGAGAGUUGCUCCGGCGCCAGUACCAGGAGGAACUGCAUUUCGCCUCCGAAGAUCCGCUGGCUCCGCGGCUGCCCGCCUUGAACCUGAUCGAGCCGGACCCGCAGUUCGGCCUCUCGCACAACAAAAACUUGCCGUUCUCUUACACGGGCGGAGUCAGUCCGACUCGAAUCAGCCCGCUUCGCGCCUCGCCCGGAGGGCCGCGUUUCACUUCGCCUCCGCCGCCCAGACCGGAACUUCCUUCCGGUAAAGUCGGCGGCGGAGUGACUGACGUCGUUUACGCCCAGGUCAAAACGCCGGCCCAGCAGCAGGGACGGGGACGGUCGCAGUCGCCCGAACGCAACGUUUACCGUUCGUCCAACGGCGGCGGAGCCGAUAAAGUUCCGGCCGGAAGGGGUAAACUCUUCCAGUUUCAGGAACAGCAGCAGCAGUCGGAAGUCAUCCGCCAGCACUUGCGCUAUCCCAUCAAAGGGGGAAACAACGUGGGAGGGCACGACGAGGAGGAGGAGGAGGAGCCGGAAGGGCCGGUGGAUGAAGAGGAUCUGGAUGCCAUUAAAGCCAAGGCUCGUUUCCUCUUUGGAGACGACGGUCAGGGCCAGCAGACGGAGCGCAAACUGUCCGGGAGUAGCGGCAACAGCAGGGGACUGGACACCCGCAACAACAAUCGCAACAACGUCAACAAUAGUCAUGUUCAAUACAACAACAACAACAACAACGCCUCGGGGGGUCUGUCGUUCAAGUACAGCACCUUGUUGAAAGAUCAGCAGAGGGCCGGCAGUAACCACCAGCAAGUCCAGGCGGAACAAGCCGACAGGAGCUACCAUCAUACGACCAAGAUCCUCAUCGCUGGCAACGAGCAACAACAACAACAACAACAACAGCGGAAGGCGAGCAGACAACCGGAUCAGCGAGUGUUCCAGUACAGCGACGACGAAGACGACGAUCAUUUCAACGGCGGAAGAGGCGGAGGAGGAGUCAGAAUGUAUCAGGAUCGUUCCGUCUCGCCGGAACCUCGCAUCCAGCCGCUGACCAACCGCAUCCGCUCGCUGCAAAUGCAACAACAGCAGCAACAACAAUCUUCGAUGCGGAAGAGCCCGGAACGAUCGUAUCAGCGGGAACCGGAAAGCCGGACGCUUCCGCUUCCGCAAAAGAGCAGCAACCAGGCCUCGAUGGCAUCGACCCGGUUGAUCCAGGAAGCCGAGCGCGGGCGGACGGUGGUCCGCCACCGGACCGAGCCCAUCAUCCAUUCGUCGCGGCUGACGCAAUUCCAGAGCCGCUACGAGGACGAGCUGGACGGCGAUUUCGAGCCGGUGGCGCCCAAACCGCCGCUGCGGAUCAAGAAAUUGUCACGCGAGCGGAUGGAGGCGUCACCUCCACGGCAGACAGGCCCCACCCAAUCCAAAGUGGCCUUCAACACGGUGCCGUGGCGCCAUCAUGAUCGCAGCCCGGAAAGCAGUCCGGAGCGGAGUUAUCCGCUCAGCCGGCCGUUGAAUUCGUCCAAGAAAAUGCCGUCGCCUUACCGGUACCAACCGCCGGUGCGCUCGUCGCUGACGCCCAGUCCCGAGCGGCGCAUCUCGUCCGAUCACAUCCGGCGCUGGAACGAGCCGCCGUCGCAAAUGGCCGAGCCGUCCGUCGCCAACGCCCAGCCCAACAACAACAAAGUGAACAGCGAGCCGGAGAAGCAGGAGAAGAUCCGCCGUCAGCGGAGCAAGUUCUUGUCGGUUUUUCUCGGUUCGAAAGCCAACAAGAGCGAAAAGAAACAAGCGGCCGCUCAGAAGCAACAGCAGCCGCAACAACAACAGCCUUCCGUCUUGGUUACGCCAGUAGCACCUGCGGUGGUGAUUAAAAGCGGGCCGGCAGUCAAGGAAGUCAGAGGUCAAGCGCCGCCACAAGUUGCUAAAUGGUCGCCGGAGGACGAGGCGGAAUUGGUUCGACAGAGUCGCUCACUUUUGGUCAAAGGUCAAAGUCAUCCGUCCAAUCAGACAGCCGCCAACAACAACAACAACAACAUCAACAGCAGUAGCAACAAAAUGUCGACCAGGACGGUUGUCGAGCCGAGUUUCGUCCGCAAGACUACGGCGGCGACGUCGCCAGUCGAUCCGUCAGCGUUGCGCUACCGUGUCGUCACGACGACCAACGGGACGGCCAAGGACGGCGGCCAUCGGCGACGCAGCUCGACCGACCGGACCGACACGUCCGAGAGCGACAGUCACGUCCACAAUCAGCGCAGCCAAUUCAAAAAUUUGCGCCAAAAAUCGCAGAGUUUCAACAAUUUGAAUUACCGACCGGAUCCGGUGGUCGUGUUGGGUGAGGAGCACCAGCAUAAUCAGAAUCGUCGCCAUCCGGAUACUUCCGUUCAAUUCCAAUCGAGCCGUCGCUAUCCGGAUGAUGGCGGCCAUCGCUACAAGUCCCAGCAUCAGCAGCAGCGCGGACCCGACGCCCGCCCAUACGCCAGCACCAAUUUGAUCCAUCAAAUCGGGGUGGAGUCAGCGGAAUUGAGGGAUCGCAGCGGAUCGGACGAGAACCAGCAGCCACAGCAGCAGCCCAGAGGUCCAUCCAUCGCUCCGGCAGGUCCUUUGGAAUCGGCUCCGCCGCCUCCGGCGGCCACUUCGGCAGCAGCGGCUCAAUCUCGCCGCCAGAUGCGCUACUUUGGCGACACGGACUUGGAGUCUCAGCCAUCGCGCGGAGGCGGCUAUUCAUCACGCUACAUGCCCAAGGCCAAGGUGUUGCGAAGCGCCAGCUCGGCGGCCGGAAUGGGCGCUGUCCGCAGAGGUGUGUUGAAUCAGCGGGGACGACACCAUCCAGUCAGCUCGGUCAACAGCUCCGAGAGCGACGGUAGCGCCAUGCAGAGUGCGGCCGGAAGCGCCGAAAGCCAGCGGUCCGUCUACUUGCACGCCACGACGGUGGCCGACAUUCCAGUCACCGGUCAAGUUCACGGCAGAACGGCGGCCCAGCAACUGCAAGCGGCCCGGCGUCACAAGGCCCAGAGCCGGGAGGACAUGUCGGCCCUGUCGGGUGCCACCGGAUCGACGCUGCGCCGAACGCAGACCCGGCAGAUUUCUCGCUCGUACUCGGUGCUGGCGCCAUGGAAGCCGCGCCACUACCGCGACAAGUACGAAAUCACGUACAGCAAUCAGCAGCAGCCGGGUGGUCAAUCGGCGCCGGCCAUGGUGAUCGGUGACGUUGGCAAACCGCCUCGGGCUCCUGUUAGGCGCCGGGAGGACGUCAUUGUCGAGUCAGAGGACUCGGCCGAGGUCUACCGUCCGUCGGCGGCCGUCGGUCAACGUCAGACUGCAGCAGCAGCAGCAGGAACAGCCACAGCAACGUCCAGUAAAAGCGGCGGCACGUCCGUCUCUCGCUCAUCGACCAUGCCCAAAAACAGCAAACUGAUGGCCGGCUGGUUCCGCAAGAAGAAACGCUAGUCCGUCCGUCCGUCCCAUCCAUCUUAACCCCCCGUCCGUUCUCCUUAAAACAAAAAAAUAAAACAAACACAUAACAACCCUCCCCUGCUGCUGAUGCUCUUCGCCAUAUCUGAAACUAAUUGAAAAAGUA